AACGGCCUUGAAAGAGCUCUGAUCACGUGCUUCUGCGCAGCCCACUGCUCCCUCGCAGAUGCCCAAAUUGAAGUGGUCGUUCUCAACAAUUGGCUUGAUUCGCGAGGAACAUGAAUGGCGUGGUCCCUUCCCUUUCGACAAGUUGAGGUUGUACUUUUCGAGCCACAAGUCGGACGUCAUGUUCAUCGGCUAUGGCUAUGGGGACGGAGUCAGGAGAAUGGGGAGUGUUACGCCCACGAUUAGUGAUGUGGAGAGUGAUGAUAGUGCGUUGAGUAGCACUAGGAGGAAGGCUAGGUGUUUUUGA